CCCCCCUGCACAGCGGCGACCGGACAGCGAGGUUUCUCGAGGCUCCUCGCAUUCCGCAUGAUUGUAAAGUCCUGAUCAGUGGCCACUGAAUAUAAUUGAAACAGAAUAGGAAGAUGGCAGCAAAUCCUUCAGGACAAGGUUUUCAAAAUAAAAAUAGAGUUGCAAUUUUGGCUGAACUGGACAAAGAGAAAAGAAAAUUACUUAUGCAGAACCAAUCUUCAGCAAGUCACCCUGGAGCUAGCCUCUCCCUCUCCAGACCCUCUCUUAGUAAGGACUUCCGGGACCACGCUGAGCAACAGCACAUCGCAGCCCAGCAGAAAGCCGCUCUGCAGCAUGCUCAUGCACACUCAUCUGGAUACUUCAUAACUCAAGACUCUGCAUUUGGGAAUCUUAUUCUCCCCGUUUUACCUCGCCUUGACCCCGAAUGAAGAAAGUGUCUGUGAUAAAGGGACUUUGUAAUAUCAAAUGUCAAAGUUCUCACUCAGCUCUAUACAAACUCUGACUUUGAGAACUUUGGAGAACUUAGCUUUUGUUUCUUUAAAGAAAGGAAUAAGUAAGUGAGGGGAAAGAAAAAGGAGCUGGGCGCCGAGACUCCGGGACGUGGUGGCAGCGGAGGACCUGGCUGUGCUGGCCGAGACUGACGACUUUGCAUUGCCAUUGGACUGACUUCCCUCCCUCAGACUCGGAAUCGCGUAGUCUCCUGAACUCUGCAUCACCUUCAACAAGUUGGGCUAAACAAUCACUCGGGAAGCCCUGGGCUUGACCCCAUCACCGCAGACAAGCUCUGACGGCACACGCCUGUGGUCUCAGCACACAGGAUCAGAGCAGAAGAUCAGGAGUUCAAGGCCAUCCUUGCCUAGGUAGUGAUUUUGAGACCAGUCUGAGGUAUAUGAGACUGCGCCUCAAAAAACAACCAAAAACAAACAAAAGAGCCAUUAAUAGUCCUAACUUUAAAGAAAUGGGGAUGCUUUUUAAAAAUGUGAAGAAUAGGCUUACAUACUUCUUUGUGGUUUCUUGUGUUAAGAAACAAACUAUCUAGAAAUAGGCCUAAGCUAAUAACUAGUUCUCCUACUCUGAAUUUUAAAAGAAAACUCCAAGUCAGACUAAAUGACCAACCAGUCUUAAAUCUUUUUCAAGUACAUGCUACUAUGAUAGCAAACAGAUGACGUGACUAAAUACUGUUAUGACGCAGCUCAGGUAAUACGGCAGCUGUGAACGCAUGGGUCUUCACUUCAUGUUGCUACAGAAGUGUGUGCCUGAGUGGGCUUUUUUUUUCUUUUUUUUCUUUUUUAUCUAAUUGAGAACUUAAAAUUAGGCAAAUUAAGGCCUUUUAAAUCAUUUUAAAUAAGGUUAAGCAAGUUGCUCAACAGAGCCAAACUUUGACAAGAACUGAGGUGCUUACUUACAUAUGUACCUCCCACUACCCCCCCCUUUGCCCUGUAGAAUUAGAAUUUGAUUAAAGUGUGAAAAGUAUAAUACCUUACACAAAAAUGUCAUGAUUAAAAUUAUAUUUUAUAAGGGAGUUAUUUUGUAAGGAUCUUGUCAUUUUCUGUUCCCGUGGAUUGAACUUAGAACUUUAAAGAUUACAGAUCGAGCCUCAUCACCCUGUGUAACUGCCUGCAUCUACAUCUUCUCUGCUGCUGGGGAGUUUAAACAUUUUCAGUUGGGUCAGUCUUCAGCCAUAGUUGUCCUCCCUUCUGAUGGUUUCCUGUGGGUGUUUUCACCAACCACAUAGCACCGUCCGGCUCAGUGUGAACGAAGCAGUUGUAAACAGCCUUAGGAGCUUGACCUGAUUCUCCAUUGAAUAAGAUGGAACCAUCCCAGUUACCACACUGCUCCCUUGUGUCUGCUGCUGACCCAGGGACCCUCUCGCUCCUGUCCUUCCAGAAGCCCAUCCAGCUUCUCUCUGAGUAGUCUUCAUUUUCUUGAAUUCGAUAAGUUUCUGUUGAGUGUGACCCUUGACAUACUGACAUGGUUCUAAGUCUAUCUACUGAUGUUAGGAAGAUAAAACUUGUGUAUAGGUUUUCCAUUGUCGAAGCCUUUGCCUGCUACGGGACUCUGUAAUCUAGGUGCUUGUUUUCCUUUCCUGUGUCAGAUAAAACGCCCUGAUGGAAACAACUUAAGGGAGAAAGGGCUUAUCUAGACUCACACUGAGACACAGUCCAUCAUGGUCUGGAAGGUCGAGGCAGAGGAGCAGUUGGUCACAUCCCAUUCCAGUCAAGAGUUAGAGAACAGAGAAUGGAUGCUACUGCGCUCUACAUAGACCAGUGUUCUAGCUGGGAAGUGGUGCCUCUCAACAAUGGGUGGAGCUUCUACCUCAGUUAAUACUGUCAGAGUCAUUCCCCAACACAUUCCCAGAGGUUCAUCUCAGUGGUUCUAGAUGUUGUCCUGCUGACAGUACCAUCCCACUAACUAGGACUUUGCAGUGGUCUGCUGUGGGUAGCACUCGUUUCCGUGAGUAUCUAUAAAUACCUGUUCUGGUGUGUACUGUGUUCGAGGGACACAGUAAAAAGGUGACAGAGACCUGCAUAUGGGGAGGUGACAUUGUUGAGGAUCCCACUCUGCCGUUCAAGUUGUUAUGAACUAAGCAGUUAUGGCACAAGACAGGAAUCUUGGAGUACACUGCAGUCUGAGUAGGGUUAGAAAUCUGUAGAUGAUGAAGGGACACCCAGACAAUGGUCACAUUUCCAGUUAACCAGUGUGGUGGUUCAUGCCUGUAAACCUAGCACUCAGGUAAGGCAGGAGAAUCACUGUGAGUUCAAGGCCAGCCCGGACUACAGAGAGACCCCAGCCCCCUCCCAAAGAAGUAUGAAAAAGAAUGAGUUUCAGGAAUGAAACUGUAGUGUUAAGUUAGCACCAAACUCAGUUGAGGCCCUGAGUGGAGCUCCAGUGUUGGGAUCCUGGUGGGUGAUGCAUGCCAUGCCCUCUAUGACAUGGGGACUGCACCAAGCAGUGGUGGCACACACUUAAUCCCAGAGCGCAGGAGGCCAGCCUGGUAUACAGAGUGAGUUCAAGGACAGCCAGGACUACACAGAGAAACUCUGUCUCAAAAACAAACAAAAAAUAGGAACAGCAACACAACUGACUAUUGUCAUACUAAUUUAGGCAAGUAUUUUUUAAAGUACAAAUGUCAGCCUGUUUAUGAGCUGAGAAGGCAGCUUAAUGGUUUAAUACAUUGUAUCAGCAUUAAAUAAAAAAAUAGAAAAAGCAAA